UUGUGAGCCCCAAAGAAAGGAGAAAAACUCACAGGCCCAAAGAAAUAAAAAGCAUAGGGCCCAAAACUUGCAGGCCAGCUGGAAUUUGGACCGUCACAACAGCAAGAUUUUUCUCUUCUUUUUUUCCCCCACAACCAAACACGCCAUUAAGAGGCACACCUCUUCUCUUCUUCCUCUCGCCGCUAGUCUACCUCUUCUCCUUCGCUCCCUUAUCCUCUUCUCCUUCCUGCUUCCUCCUCCCAAAUUUCAACCCCAAACCCUCUUCCUAAAACCUUCCCCUCUAUUCCCUUCCAAUGACUUCCUCUUCAACCUUCACCCGCGCAUCCAUGGCGGAAUCCUGCCUCCUGUCACUUCCUUCCAUCCUCACCACUCCCAGAACCCCUCUCCUCGCUCUAUCAAUCCCAUCUCGACCCUUCAAACUCCAUCUCUCGCACUCCCUCUCUCUGAAACCCACUACCCACCUCCAUUUCCCCUCUCUUAUCCCCUUCGUAUCCCAGACCUCCGAUUGGGCGCAGCAGGAUGAGCAGAACACUACAGCCACCAUUGCCGACUCGGAACAAGAAGAAGAAGAAGGCAGCAGCUGGGAGAACGAAGGUGAGGAUUCGGCAGCCGAGGAGGGCCCGGUGGCUUCCUACGCCGCCGCCGAAGAUGGGGAUGAUGCAAUUGAGGCGCAGGAGCCGUCGGAGGACGCCAAAGUGUUCGUCGGUAACUUGCCGUACGAUGUGGAUAGUGAGAAAUUGGCUAUGCUGUUCGAGCAAGCUGGAACUGUCGAGAUUGCUGAGGUGAUUUACAACAGGGAGACUGAUAGCAGCCGUGGUUUCGGGUUUGUGACCAUGAGUACUGUUGAAGAAGCUGAGAAAGCUGUGGAUAAGUUCAACAGUUAUGACAUGGGAGGUAGGUUCUUGACAGUAAACAAAGCUGCUCCAAGAGGAUCAAGGCCGGAGCGUGCUCCUCGUACGUUUGAACCUGGUUGCAGGGUCUACGUUGGUAACCUACCAUGGAGCGUCGAUGAUACUCGCCUCGAGCAAGUCUUCAGCGAGCAUGGCAAGGUCACAAAUGCUCGAGUAGUCUAUGACAGGGACAGCGGCCGCUCACGUGGGUUCGGGUUUGUGACGAUGGCUGAUGAGACGGAGAUGAACGAUGCCAUUGCCGCUCUUGAUGGACAGUCUCUUGAUGGGAGGGCAAUCCGAGUGAAUGUUGCCGAGGACAGACAAAGGCGAUCCUUCUAAUCUCUCUGCAGAUUAUAAGACAGGACAGGAGGGUCACCAUAAUUUUUUCCUUCCUUUUUGGGACGGUGGUCUGGCUGGUUUGGGAAGACGAGAAGAUGAGAGUGUCUGAGUUUUCAGUUUCAUUUAUCCAUUAGCUAUAUGAUUUUAUCCAGGUGGUUUCUUCAACAUGCUGUAUAAAAGAAUUUUUACCUA